ACUAUAAUUUGUCAAAGUUACAGUAGAGCAGUGACAUUAAAUUUUUAAUUUUAAUUUCAUGGUGUAAAACAAAGACUUAGACCUACAAUGAAUAGGUAUACAAUUCUUCAUCAACUAGGUGAUGGCACCUACGGUUCGGUUGUUUUGGGACAGAGGAAAGAUACAGGCGAGAAGGUGGCGAUUAAAAGAAUGAAGAGGAAAUAUUAUUCGUGGGAUGAAGCUAUGAACCUUAGAGAAGUUAAAUCACUUAAGAAACUCCAUCACUCAAAUGUGGUGAAAUUAAAAGAAGUCAUUCGAGAAAACGAUGUGCUUUACUUUGUGUUUGAGUAUAUGCAAGAAAAUUUAUAUCAAUUAAUAAAAGACCGCAGAGUGCCUUUUCCUGAAUCAGUAGUUAGAAAUAUCAUUUAUCAGAUUUUACAAGGUUUGUCCUUCAUUCAUCGCCACGGAUUUUUCCAUCGAGAUCUUAAACCGGAAAACAUUCUAUGUUCAGGGACAGAAAUGGUGAAAAUAGCAGAUUUUGGAUUAGUUCGGGAAAUCAGAUCUAGGCCACCCUACACGGACUAUGUCUCCACUCGAUGGUACCGAGCACCGGAAGUCUUACUUCACUCAACUACUUAUAGCAGUCCUAUAGAUCUUUGGGCAUUAGGAUGUAUCGCAGCUGAAAUAUAUACUUACAGACCGUUAUUUCCAGGUACUACGGAAACGGAUCAAUUAUAUAAAAUCUGUGCUCUAAGAGGUACACCUGAUGAGAAUAAGUGGCCAGACAGUUAUCAACUGGCUGGAGCUUUAGGAUUUAAAUUCCCUUAUUUUGCCAAAACACCUGUCAGUGAUGUAGUACCACAGGCUGGACCAAACGGUAUUAACCUAAUAGACGAAUUAUUAGAAUGGAAUCCUGGACAUAGACCAACAGCUCAUGGGGCACUCAAACACCAAUAUUUUCAGGUUGGUCAAUUUAGUGCUUUACAAUCAAACCGCCAAAUCCAAGCCAACAGUGCCUUACAGUCUCAUUCGAAUGGAAUUAUUCAAAAGAUACCUGCGCAAGCUUCUAUAGAUCAAGAAGAUUCUCAAAUGUAUCCCAAUCCUCAACCUCAACUUCAAAUCCAAGCUAAUGGUCGUUCUUUAAUAAAGCAGCUAUCAAACGCGAAUCUUCCUCCUAUGCAACCAUCUGUGCAAAUAAACAUCCAGUCUUUGAUUAAACCCAUGGAGCCUGCGAUAGAAAAGUCUAGACUACAGGCACCGCCUAUUGUAUACAGUUUUGGACAAUCUGAUUAUGGAAGCAAAUAUCUACCAUCUGUUUUUAAUACUAUGAAUAAUAUGAGUAAUAGUAGAGUAGUUCUGCCUAAUAAAAAAAUUACAUGGGGUAUGGAAACUAAUUUUGAAUACGAAGAUGAUUUUGCUGAUAUAUUAGGUAAAAUCAAGCUGCCUCCUGCGGAUAAAAAGAAAGAACACAGUAAGGUAAACUUAAGUCAAUUUAACCUACAAGAUAUUCUGGAACCUUUGGCCAAAGCUAGUGCAGGUACAAUUAGGAACCAAUAUUUGAAUGUUCCUAAAUACAUGAAUGGACAGUCGACUGUGCGACGAGACUCAAACAUUAGUUUAUUUUCGAAUUUUUCGAAUAGUGGAAGAAACAGUGGGAUGCAGAAUAAACAAGCAAGUAAAUUGGACUUACAGCCAAUGUGGACUGAUUUUGGCGAUUUAAGUUCUGCAAAAAGAAGAUUUGGAAACAUAAAAAUAUCCAAUACAAAUGGCUAUGAUUUGACAGCCAAAUGAUUUUUGGAAGUUAUAAAUUUGAAAAAAAAAAGUGGUGUAACAAAAGAACGUUUAUGGAUUCCAAGCUGUGAUAGUCAUUUAUUUUUAUAAGUAGAUGUCACAUUUUUAAUGUUAAUAUAAUGAUAAUACUAAUUAUAACACAAUAAAUUAUAUAUGUUUCAUGG